UUUCUCUGCAGCAGGAGAAUGAAGGAACUUGCAAACUUAGUACCUCUGCUACUCCUGUUUGCUUGCUUCUGCCCAGAAGAUUGCAGAGCUAAUGAUACCAUUACAAUCACUAAGCCGAUUCGUGACCCCGAAUCUGUAGUCUCCGCGGGACAAACCUACAAAUUGGGGUUUUUUAGCCCUGCAAAUACUAGUAAUCGCUAUGUUGGAAUCAUUUUCAAUAAAUUUCCUCAACUGACUGUUCUUUGGGUAGCUAACAGAAACCAACCCUUGAAUGAUUCCGGAGGAAUAUUUUCCAUUUCAGAAAAUGGUAACCUUAGGGUCCUGAACGGGCAGAAAAAGGUUUUAUGGUCUUCUAAUGCUUCAAAUUCGGUGGCAAAUUGUAGUGCACAACUCUUGGAUACUGGGAACUUAGUCCUGAGAGACAACUCAAAUGGAAUGAUUCUAUGGGAAAGUUUUCAGCAUCCUACAGACACCAUUGUCUGCAAAAUGAGACUAGGGGCAGGCCCCAAGAACAAGAACCGGCUUACCUCAUGGAAAAGUCCUUCCGACCCAUCUAUUGGAAGUUUCUCUUUAGGUUUUGAUCAUCCAGGAAUUCCAGAAGUCUUCAUUUGGGAUCAGAGUAAGCCUCUUUGGCGCAGUGGUCCAUGGGAUGGCAACGUGUACAUUGGAGUUCCUGGCAUGUAUUCAGGUCGACAUGUAUUACAUAUGGUGAAUGAAAAUACAGAUUCUGCAUCCCUUACCUACGAUUGCGUCAAUGAUUCUGUUUUGACAUACCACCACUAUGUAUUGACUUCCUCUGGGAUUUACCUGGAGAACGUUUGGAACAAUGACCUAGGAGAUUCCACGGUAACAUGGUCAAGUCGAAAGAGUGAAUGUGAUGUCUAUGGCAAAUGUGGCCCUUUUGGAAUAUGUAAUCCUCAGGGUUCGCCAAUUUGUACAUGCUUGAAAGGUUUUGAGCCAAGAGACAAGGAGGAAUGGAACAGGGGAAACUGGACUGGUGGCUGCUUUAGAAAGGCAUUGCUGCAAUGCCAGGGGAACAUAUCUGGUGGCCAGGAGGCCAAACCAGAUGGGUAUUUAAAGCUCAACAACGUAAAAGUUCCAGAUUCCUCUUACUUGAUUGGCGUCCUCAACCUCAUAAGGGAGGAAGAAUGUGGUGAUGAGUGCUCAAACAACUGCUCUUGCAAAGCUUAUGCAUAUCCUAAGGGCAUUGGAUGUAUGCACUGGAGUGGCGAUUUGAUAGAUGUACAACAAUUCCCUUUUGAUGGGACAGAUCUAUAUGUGCGUGUGGCUUAUUCUGAACUUGAUCACAGCCAAGGCAAAAGUCACAAGAAAGCAGUCAUUGCUAGCAUAGUUGUUGUGAUAUCUUUGUUCGUCGCUGGUUUUGCAUAUUUCUUAUGGAAGUGGUUGCCUUAUCAUAGAGGUGAAACAAUCAUCAGAAUGAAAGACAUGCUCAGCGACAGUGAAGAUCAGCUUCAUCUGUACGGUUAUGAGACACUGGCUAACGCAACAAAUACUUUUCAUGUGGAAAACAAGCUUGGGAAAGGUGGUUUUGGUUCAGUCUACAAGGGGAAACUGAUAGACGGCCAGGAAAUUGCAGUGAAAAGGCUUUCAAACUCUUCGACUCAAGGGAUUGAGGAGUUUAAGAAUGAAGUUCUGGUCAUUUCAAAACUCCAACACCGAAAUCUUGUCAGACUUCUUGGGUGCUGUGUUGAAAGAGAGGAGAAAAUGCUAGUCUAUGAAUUCAUGCCAAACAAAAGCCUGGAUGCCUAUCUAUUUGAUACAUGCAAACAUGAUUUACUUGGUUGGAAUAGACGCACCAUCAUCAUUGAAGGGAUCUGCAGAGGCCUCUUGUACCUUCAUAGGGACUCGAGAUUGAAAAUUAUCCACAGAGAUCUUAAAGCCAGUAAUAUUCUCUUGGACGGGGAGCUGAUUCCAAAAAUAUCAGAUUUCGGCUUAGCAAGAAUUUUCAGAGGCAACCAAGAUCAAGACAAUACGAACAGGGUUGCGGGGACAUAUGGCUAUAUGGCCCCAGAAUAUGCAAUGAGAGGAAAGUUUUCUGAAAAGUCAGAUGUCUACAGCUUUGGAGUGCUGCUGUUGGAGAUUGUGAGUGGAAAGCGAAACACUAGCUUUGGUAACGAGGCGAAUGAUCACAGCCUGGUAGAAUAUGCCUGGAAACUGUGGAAUGCAGGUGAAACAGUGAAAUUAAUCGAUCCAAGAAUUUUUGAUCCGUGCAUUGAAAUGGAGGUCUUGAGAUACAUCCAUGUUGGACUAUUAUGUGUGCAGGAGCAUGCCAAGGAUAGACCAAACGUGUCCGCUGUUCUGUCAAUGCUUAACAGUGAAAUAGUUGAGAUCCCUUAUCCCAACUUACCAGCUUAUAAUGCCAUAUUUUGUCCUUCAAAAACUGUACAUCCUGAACAAGGUAUACAUUCCCCCAAUGAUGUCAGUAUAACAGCUGUAGAAGGCCGAUAGCACAUUUUACAGCAAUAUGGGCAAAGAUUAGUAGAAUAGUGAGGUAUCCAAACAAAAAUAUUAGGGUUUUCCAAAUCAUUUGUUCACUAGUGUUUCUUUAGAUUGUUCCAGUAAAAACCAAUCGCCAUUCUGUUCUGAAGGUAUCAAUUUUAAUUUAUUUUUUUCUUUAA